GAUGCUACCAGCAAAACAAACCUCAUUCGCGUCGUGGCUACCUCGCUUCUUCUGGCGGUCAGGAUACUCAUCAAGUACUUCCCUGCCUGCUCUACUUUGUCUAUCUUACCUCCUCUAUACCGACUGUACCUCAUGAUACAUAGAUAUCGCUCGACAGCUCUUUGUCCCUUGAUAUAAUUCCCAUCACCAGCUUCGUUACGCAGACCCCGCCGAUUAGAGGUCAAAGUUAUAUUCCCUCGUCGCUGCUCAAGAGCAGCAAGCUCUGCAGGCCAGAGCCGUGCUGUGUUAACUAUUUAGACCCUUCCCAGCUCCGUGACCUCUGCAGGAAUGUCUGAAACUCCUCAUACCUACGGGCCCACGUGUCGUCUCGCCAAAACGGUCAGCUUUUCGGGCUCCAAGGGCGACGAUGAUAUGCCAGAACUGAGGGCUCAAUACUUCUACUCCUCCGCGCUUUCAAUAGACGACCCUCUCUCAGUAGUCCCGACUGGCAACUCUGAGGCUACGAAGUAUCCUCCUCGACCGUUCUCGGCUUACGACAAUGACGCUCUCGAAGAAGCGUGGGUGGGUCUUGCCUCUGAGAAGGAUCGCAAGAAUCAUAACAGGAGCAAAUCACCAAAAUCGGGCUGGAAGCGGUUCACAGAGAGACACAAUUCAACGGCUGGCAUAUCCAUCCAAAAAAACAACAAGAGGAAUAGUCCCAAGGCUUCUCCUACAGCCGCUGCACUCGUUAUUCCCUCGAGGGCUAAGGAUGGGGAAAUAGAUUCCCAGCGAGAAGACUCAGAUAGAUUCAGGAACAUGUCUGGAGCCUCCUUGUGUCCAAUUGAUCCCAGACCUGAGGACGAGCAGCCCGAUUCCAUAGAUCCUACGCCGGAUACAUUCCUCGGCACCAGCAAUGGAAACGACGAAACGGAUUAUCAAACUGGUCGUAAGAUUCCAGGAAAUCAGGUUAUUCAACGGAAACCUGAGUAUGAAGGCAGCUCACCCAGUCCUCACUCUGCUCAUAGGCAUCAUGUAACUUUUAACACGCAAAUUCCGACCCGCUGCUCAGAGGGAGUAAAUAGCCCUCGGAUAGAGAACAGAGAUUACUCUGAAGGGGGGCCAACUCUUCAUGACAAGUCAGAGAAUAGUGCAUACCAAAAUCAAGCCUACCCAGAUGAAGGUGAAGGUGAAGCUAAGAAGCAAAUAGCUCGGAAGCCGCUGGCGGGGCAUACUUCAUUAGAUCUUGAUACUGAAGGAGUUCAGGGAGAUGCUGCCAGUGGAGGCUAUUCCGGGAAGCUUUUUCACCAGUCCUCAGAACGAGACACUGGUCAGAGUCCCAGCACAGAGCCAAGCCUAUCUGAGCUGAACCGCAGAGUGGGCAACAAAUCUGAGAACCAGCAAUUAAAGAACCGCCAUGGCUUUGAGAGCCAUUCUUCACAUGCGUCCGUGCCAGAAGGAAAGUCCAGAUUGCUGAAGGGAAAUGAACCUGGCGCUACGUCACUGCUCUCUGAUCUUACCAAUCUUCCUGCACAAGGCGGAGAGGCAGGGCUCGCCGGCUCUCCAUUCGCCAAGUUACCAUCUCACGAGGAGAGCUCCCAACGGACUUCUUCUACCCGUGAUGGUGGGGACCAACGGCCCUUAAAUGAUGGUCCCAGUAACCUUCCUGAAAGCUCACGCGGAGUCCAUGAACGAGAUUCUACAGAGACAGAGACGGUACAAGAUCUCGGCUGUAAGGCGCACAAGAAGACCAAUAAGCAGGCAGAAGUCCCAGUUGGUAUUUCCAGACUCCAUCUUGUCAAAUUGCCAGCUUUGCAGAUGGUGCCUAUCUACUGGUCGCCGAUUCACGAGUUAGGGUUGGUGGUUCGUGGUACCUGGUUCUAUAAGGAUACCAUGUAUCCCGUCGAGCCAGCAGUUGCUAAUCAACUUGAGAUGGGAUACAGAGAACUUCGCCCUUGGUCUAGGACGUGGAAUGACGAGCUUAAUAGUGCGAUAGAAGUUGGCGCGCUUGGCGAAGAGAAAAUCUCGUACCGUCUUUGGCCAAAGGAGGAAGAUCAAAAGGCUCCCCCAUAUAAUAUGUCCGAGCAUAUUAUUUCGGCUGAUCCCUAUUGUGCUGCACGAUGCUUCCAUGGGGAUGCUGCUGCUGAGGGAAAGAUUGAUUCUGACGAAUCAGACAAGUCUACCAGUACGAAAACAAUCACUAAAAAGUAUCCUAAUUCUCAUGUCAUAUAUAAGGAUGCUGAGAAUGCCUUCAUUCUUAAGCCAAACCUCCAGCCUUCUGCAUAUUAUGGGCGGAGGCCACUGCAGAAGAUCAGAAAAGGUACAACUGUGGGCAUCCAUGUCGUUCGGGGUUUUAACUGGAAGGCCUGGGAGAAGGCUCAUCCGCCAAAGAAGUCGAACAAUGCAGCCAAGGCGCAAGAGAAAAUUCCCGUCUCCGGUGACGCAGAUGCUGGCAAGAGAAGUGUAUGCGCCGCCUGCCGAUCACAGGAAGAGCGACCACAGGUACGCAAUCUGGUUCUCGUGAUUCACGGAAUAGGACAGAAGCUUUCGGAGCGCAUCGAGAGCUUCCAUUUCACGCAUGCUAUCAACUCCUUUCGCAGAUCAGUCAACGUUGAGCUUGGCCAUGAAUCUGUGCAGAGCGUGCUCCGAGAUGACUUUGGCGGAAUCAUGAUCUUGCCAGUUAAUUGGCGAUCGAGUCUCUCUUUCGAAGAUGGAGGGCCCAUGAGGGAGGGUGAUGAAGGUCAUGCCGAGGCUCAUUUCUCCCUCAAGGAUAUCACGCCAGAUACAAUUCCAGCAGUGCGCAAUCUCAUCUCAGACGUGAUGCUUGACAUCCCCUUUUACAUGUCACAUCACAAGCCCAAAAUGAUACAGGCUGUCAUCAGAGAGGCGAACCGUGUCUACCGACUCUGGUGCAAAAACAAUCCCGGAUUCCACAAUGAAGGGCAUGUACAUAUCCUUGCGCACUCCUUAGGAAGUGCCAUGGCCGUCGAGAUACUGAGCAAGCAACCGACAUUUGUCCCAAGGGCCGAUCUCGACGAGCGGAAGAUAAACCCAAAGCACUUUGACUUCGACACUAAAAACCUCUUCUUGGUUGGGAGUCCGGCUGGUUUCUUCUUGCUGCUCGAGAAGGGGAACCUGACCCCGAGGCUUGGCCGGAACAAGCCGGGUGCUGACUAUGUUGAUAGUAACGACAAAACACUUACUGGCAGUGCAGGAACCUUUGGCUGUCUUGCAGUGGACAACAUAUACAACGUGAUGGAUUACAACGACCCUAUCGCAUAUCGUCUCAACGCCACCGUUGACCCGCAAUUUGCAGCGGGCUUGAAGAAUGCCCAGGUACCGAGUGCCACGACGGGUUUCUUUGGAAGCAUUGGCAACGCUGUGAAAUCUUUGACUCCUGGCCUCUCAUCACCGGCUGAUCUCGUGGUGGGCCAGGUAGCGAAGCCGCCAGCUAUGGCACGUCUCCCAUCACAGCUGGAAUUGGAAGUUCAUGAUUUUACCCGCGAGGAGAUAGCAGAGAAGAAGUUCUAUCUGCUGAAUGACAAUGGACAAGUGGACUGGUUUCUGAGCUCUGGCGGUGGGCCGCUUGAUAUCCAGUAUCUCAAUAUGCUGGGAGCGCAUAGCAGCUAUUGGACGAGUCAGGAUUUUAUCCGAAUGCUGGUCAUAGAGCUGGGUCGGAAGCAAGGGAAGCACCAUACGCUUCCGAACAUGAGGGCUGUCAAGGCUGGGCAUAGAUCAUAGAUCGAGGUAAGCCUUGAGAGGAUGAAGCCGAUGAAGCCUCUGGGAAGAGAAGGUUGGCGGUGAUAAGGGACGAAGUUUUUGAAUUGUCAGGGGAAGAGCGGUGGUUUGGAGGAAAGCAAGUAGCUUUACAUUUUUGAGAGCCGGCGCAGGAACUGUUAGACAGACGACGUAUGAUACCCCCGUACCUAGAAACGUAGAACAGGAUGAACGAAGAAGCAUGAUUAGACAGUCUUCUUGGGACUGCUGGAC